AACACGUUGAUGUUUGCUUUGUUCUGCCCAGUGUCGAUCAUAACGUAACGUGAAGUGCUACUAUCUCGCUAUACAGUGCUGUCCCUGAAGUUUCACUUGAUAGGGAUUGCUUAAUGUGUUUGAGCUGAUCUAAUUAGCAUCCCGUGAUUUCUAUUCACUGUCACCAAAGGUUCUGUUUCAUUUUUGUCUAGUGACAAAUCACAUUGGACGAAAGCAUGGCUGUGGCGUCAAAGCUUCUGGAUGAAAUGGAACGAUGCGGCUUUUCACGUGAACGUCUUUCAUGGACACUUGUUGGGUGCGCAAUGACGAUAUACACAAUAUGGGUUGCAGGACGACCCUUAAAACGUAUUACAAUGAUACCAAGAUCCACUUCUGACAACAACAACGAAACUGAUAAAACUGUAAAUGUGACAGAAACAGAAAACCAUCUGAUAGAACGACCUCAACCUGGACUUAAUCGUGAAUUCGUAAUGGCAUUGAUACGGCUCAUACGUAUAAUGGUUCCUCGUACUCUCUGCCGUGAAACAGCUCUUCUUGGUGCACAUACUGCUUGUCUCAUAUCCCGAACUUUUCUAUCUAUAACUGUUGCUGCAAUGGAGGGUCGCAUGGUGAAGUAUAUUGUGCAGCGGGAUGUUCGCGCCUUCUCAAAAAUGUUAUUGCAAUGGUUAGGAAUAGCGGUACCCGCUACUUUUGUGAACUCUAUGAUUCGGUACCUUGAAAAUCGUCUGGCUCUAGCAUUUCGAACUCGCCUUGUUAAUCACGUCUAUCGUCUGUACUUCAACAAUCAAGUGUUUUACAGGUGCUCAAAUCUCGAUUCGCGCAUUGAGAAUGCUGAUCAGCUACUAACUGACGAUAUUGCUACCUUUGCAAGUUCCGUAGCACAUUUAUACAGCCACCUGACAAAACCAUGCUUCGAUCUACUUUUGAUUGGUCUGGCUAUGGCGCGAUCUUCGCAACGAAUGCGUGCUAGCAUGUUUUCAGGACCGAUUUUAGCAUUCGUCGUAAUAAGCACCACUGCACAUGUGUUACGUUUGGUAUCACCGAAAUUUGGUUAUCUGGUAGCCGAAGAAGCCAGUCGAUACGGAUAUCUGAGACAUAUUCACUCUCGCAUUAUUACACACGCAGAGGAAAUUGCUUUCUACGGUGGCCACCGGGUUGAAUUGCAACAACUUCGUGAAGCUUAUGACAAUUUAACACGCCACAUGAAUCGCAUCUUUGAACAACGUCUCUGGUUUGUGAUGCUGGAGCAGUUCUUUAUGAAAUAUGUAUGGUCGGGCACAGGAAUGGUAAUGGUAUCUUUGCCUAUUCUUACUACCAAUCGAUCCCGAAUUGGCACAUCGGACAGUAUAAGUGAUCGCACACAGUACCUGACGACAGCCCGUAAUCUGCUUAUAUCAGGGGCAGAUGCAAUCGAACGGCUAAUGUCCAGCUACAAAGAGAUUGUGUCUCUGGCCGGUUACACACACCGCGUGGCUGAUAUGCUUGUCGUAUUUGAUGAUACGAGCCGUGGUGUUUAUACUCGUCGAAGAGUCAAUGGUAACCAACGUGAUAUCAACACCGCUGUUGUAGCAGGUCGAGUAACGACAGGCGGUGUUAGCAUCUGCCUUACUCGCGUACCAAUCGUGACACCAAAUUGUGAUAUAGUGGUAGACAGCCUUUCAGUUACCAUUCAUCCAGGCAUGCACGUACUUAUCACAGGUCCUAAUGGCUGUGGUAAAUCUAGCCUUUUUCGUAUAUUGAGUGGUCUCUGGCCCGUAUAUGGUGGGGAGCUAUGCAUUCCGGCCGCAACUCCUCCUCAACCUUGCAUGUUCUAUAUUCCACAGCGGCCUUAUAUGUCCAUAGGUACACUUCGUGAUCAGUUAAUUUAUCCUGACACACGAGAAGAUAUGGAAAGUAAGAAAAUUGAUGAAUUUUAUCUGCGUAACAUUCUACGUAUGGUAGCACUUGAGCAUAUUGCGCAGCGAGAUAAUCUGGACGAGGUUCGUGACUGGAAAGACAUCUUGAGUGGUGGUGAAAAGCAGCGAAUGGCAAUGGCUCGUUUAUUCUACCAUCGGCCGCGAUAUGCUCUGUUGGACGAAUGUACUAGUGCUGUGUCUAUUGAUGUUGAAAGUAGCAUUUAUGAAGCCGCUAAAAACAUGGGAAUUACGCUUCUCACGAUCACGCAUAGACCCACACUCCGGCGUUUUCACACGCAUCUGCUCGAGUUCGAUGGUCUAGGAAGUUGGGCAUUUACUACACUGUAACUUUAUAGUCUUAAUUUCUUUAUAAAUAUUUGUUUUUAUAUUUUAAUAAAAUUCAACAAAUCACAAAGCACUUUGAUUCUCAUUCUUAUGAUUUUAUUUCUUUCAAUGUAAAGAAGACAACAUUUUGGUUAGUAUGUUAUUCCAAUGAGUAAUGAAAAAUAUGAAUGAUCAACCUUAUACCAAAACACAAUAAGACACUAAACAGGGUUUUUUUUUCUUUUCCCUUUAUUUCUGAUCAGUUUUACCUUUUAUUUUUUUGCAUGAUUAAUGCAUGAUUUAU